AAGAAGCUGAAGAUGGCGGCCGCGACCGUCGCGGGGCUCGACGCGCACAGGAUGGAGGAGAAGAAGCUGGAGUACUUCUCCUCCAUCAACUCCAUGGCCAGGAAGAUCAUGCAGGAGCGGGAGAAGAUAAAGAGCAAACACGGCUCGUCCUGGGACAAGAUGAGCCCGGAGGAGCAGGACAGCGCCAUCGACAGCUGGAUGAUGGACCCGCAGGUUCGAGCCCGGUAUGCAGCGCACCGGCUGGAGCGGCCGGAGGUGGUGUGUUACCCGAAGCUGCUGCUCCAAACCGGGCAGAAGAUGGUUCACUUCGGGGAGGAGGACAUCACGUGGCAGGACGAGCACUCUGCGCCCUUCUCAUGGGAAACCAGGAGCCAGCUGGAGUUCAGCCUGACGUUGGGUUCAGUGGAUCCGAUCACAGCGUCGUCUCAGAGCGACUCCAAGCCCACCAAGCUUCCUCACCAGAGUCAGCUGGGCAAGAACACGCCAGGAAACAAGGUGUGUGUGAGCGAGAGCCGCAGACCGGAGGAGGAGUCGUCCUUCUGGAAGAUCAGCGCUGAGCGAUCCCGACUGGAAGGAGAACAGAAUGACUUCACGUCUCUGACUCCGAGUCAGAUCAAGUCUCUGGAGAAAGGAGAGAAGUCUCUGCCCUCGUACCUGAGACAGGAGACCUCGCUUCCCUCCAAGGAUCCGGAUCCAGCAGACCUGCAUCCUCCGGCUUCCAGCAGGUCCACCAAGCAGCGAGCUCCCAAACCCCCGGCCCCUCAGCCCCCCCUCCCCCUCUCCGUGCCCCCCUCCGUGCCCCUCUCCGUCCCCGUGCCCAUCCCGGUCGCCGUCAGCGCCACGCCGGCCUCCAUCUCCAUCUCCCCGAGCCCGGCGCCGCCCGUCAGCGUGUCGUCGUCGGUGGCGGGGUGGGAGCGGUCUCAGAGCACGCUGCCCUCCGCCGGAAACACACACGACGAAGUCUUCUCCCCCGCCAUGAUGAGCAAGACCCCCCCCCAGCCCCCCCCCACCGCCGACAGGAAGGACAGGAAGAAGGAGAAGAGAGAGAAGGAGAAGGAGAAGGAGGAGGAGGCGUCACCCAACAGCCCCACCUUCUCCCAGUUCAACACAAGCAGCAACAUCCUGAAGACUGGGUUCGACUUCUUAGACAACUGGUAACCAUGGAGACGGGUCGCUGCUCUGAACGGACCAUCACCAUCAUCACCAUCAUCAUCAUCAUCAUCUUCAUCACUCUGAAGAAGGACCGCACUCAUCAUGUCUGUAAUCACCCUCAGUGGCUUGUUAAGGCACCCC